UCUGUCCUUUGUACACUGUUUUUCCCAUCCACAUAAGCCUCCUCCUUCUCUCUCCUCUCUCCGAGUCUCUCCACAAGACCACAAGCUUCACCAAUGGCCUCAGCUAACGCUCUAUCUACCCUCUCUCUCCUCCCAUCCACCAAUUCAUCAACCUCCAGCUCCUCCACCGUUCGCUCAUCACUUCACAUCUCACCCUCUUCCUCCUCCUCCUUGCGCCUCCGCGCCGGCAAUCUUCGCCGCCUCGGAUUCUCCGCUGCCGACCCACUGUUUGCUUUCCAUGUGGCUUCAAGAGUUCGAUCAAUGGGUGCAUCUGGGAAGGGAGUGAGAGGGGUGGUGUCGAUGGCGAAGAAGAGUGUUGGUGAUUUGACUGAGGCUGACUUGAAGGGUAAGAAGGUGUUUGUGAGGGCUGAUUUGAAUGUGCCUUUGGACGACAAUCAGAACAUCACUGAUGACACCAGGAUUCGCGCUGCGAUUCCCACGAUCAAGCAUUUGAUUCAGAAGGGAGCUAAAGUCCUUCUUUCCAGCCAUCUGGGACGUCCAAAAGGUGUCACUCCCAAGUUCAGCUUGGCGCCUCUUGUUCCCCGUCUCUCAGAACUCCUUGGCAUUCAGGUUGUCAAGGCUGAUGACUGUAUUGGCCCUGAGGUAGAAAAGUUAGUGGCCUCCCUUCCUGAAGGAGGCGUUCUUCUGCUAGAAAAUGUGAGGUUCUACAAGGAGGAAGAGAAAAAUGAGCCAGAAUUUGCAAAGAAACUUGCCUCUUUGGCUGAUCUUUAUGUUAAUGAUGCAUUUGGUACUGCACAUAGAGCACAUGCAUCAACCGAGGGGGUCACUAAAUACUUGAAGCCUUCUGUUGCUGGUUUCCUUUUGCAAAAGGAACUGGACUACCUUGUUGGGGCAGUAUCAAGCCCCAAAAGGCCAUUUGCUGCCAUUGUGGGUGGUUCAAAGGUCUCAUCCAAAAUUGGAGUUAUUGAAUCGCUUUUAGAAAAAUGUGACAUACUGCUUCUUGGUGGAGGUAUGAUCUUCACAUUUUACAAGGCACAGGGUCUCUCAGUCGGUGCAUCCCUUGUAGAGGAAGAUAAAUUGGAUCUUGCUACGUCACUCCUCGCCAAAGCGAAGGCAAAGGGUGUGAAUCUCUUGUUACCCAGUGAUGUGGUGAUUGCAGACAAAUUUGCUCCUGAUGCAAACAGCAAGAUUGUGCCAGCAUCUGCUAUCCCUGAUGGCUGGAUGGGAUUGGAUAUUGGACCAGACUCGAUUAAAUCAUUCAACGAAGCUUUGGACACUACCAAAACCAUCAUAUGGAAUGGUCCCAUGGGAGUGUUUGAGUUUGACAAGUUUGCUGUUGGCACAGAGGCCAUUGCUAAGAAGCUAGCAGACCUCAGUGGAAAGGGAGUGACAACCAUCAUUGGAGGAGGAGAUUCUGUUGCAGCCGUUGAGAAAGUUGGAGUUGCCAGCGUGAUGAGCCACAUUUCUACUGGUGGAGGUGCCAGUUUGGAGUUGUUGGAAGGCAAAGAGCUUCCUGGUGUCCUAGCUCUUGAUGAAGCCGGCACACCAGUUGCUGCGUAAGACAAUUUUCAGUUUCGAAAGUUUUCCCAACCCAUCUUCAUGUCAUUGUUCUUACAGAGGCUUGUAAUAGAGCAUUAUAUUGUAGGAUCCUGCCCGGUUGCCUUGUGUAAAUUGUAUAAUGUUAUGCUUCUUGAGUUCUUUGCUUCCAGCACAAGUUGCGUUAAUUUAACUGUAACCCAGGCGGAGAGCCAUAGAAGAUUCAAAUAAAUUGAUGAGUUGCCUACCUCAAGUU